AUGAAAACCCGUUAUAUCCCUCGACCAGGAACCGUAUCGUUACAAAGACUUCACGACUCCGGAUUCAUCGACCUGGAUGACACCACGGUGCCGGUUACACAGAGGAAGAAAGAAUUCACCCAAGAAGACUUGACGCGCACAGUUGAUGACGUCAGAAAUGUCGUGACGGAAGAGCUACGUCACUGUUCACGGGAUAUUCUCAUUGCCAUCGAAAGUAUUCUGAAACUGACGGGAAAAUCGCCAGAAAACGCCUGUCCGUCAACGGGUGGAUCGUCAAAUAAUUCCUCGAGGGCUGAAGGAAACUUCUCUCCCGGUAAAGUCCACUCUAACGAUUCCUCGAGCGGACGAUCAGCUGAAGAUGCCUUCGUCAAGAUGUCUGCCAUUCACAGGGAGGUGCUGAAACGGAACAAGGACGUGAUUCUUGGGCAACUCAUUUACACACUUCCAGUUAUUGACCUACUUUACUCGAGAGGUUUUAUGGACAUCGCUAUGGCCACAGAGCUCCGACAACAACCGUCUUCCUCACAGAGGAGUGAAAAGCUUCUCAAAUUAAUGCCGCGGCUCCCUGAUGAAGGUUUUUACAUAUUUUGUGAAGGUUUGGCCAGUGUGGGGCUAAACGCCGUAGCGCAGCAGUUACAGAACAGCAGCAAAGAGCUGAAGGCAGGGUGUAAUAUAGCCAUUGUGAUUAACAGCUCUUUACGAGAACCUUGUGACACUUGUCUCCCUUUGUUGAUAGCACGGCGUUGCAUUCUGUCAUCCAAACAGUAG